GGGACCGUUCUAUAUUAUCAGCUGCAACCUUUUACUAUCUUUCACUAGGAAUAGGAUAAGGCCUAUUCUUUGGCCCUUUCCAGUGUUUGUAUGUUGUUGUUCUCUUCUGCUUCUUCCCAACUAAGAUUGCCUGCUUUGGUUUGCUAUUUCCCCUUAAUUUCUUUCUCAUGUGCUGUCUGUCAGUCUGGACUACAAGCAAGUUGACACCACUCCCUUCCUCUCCCACUUCUCCCAUUCUCUGUCAGUAUAUGGACUGCAAAUCCUGCGCUUGCUGCUUAUCCUUUUCAUCACUACUUUUCUCUGCUUGCAUUUCUUUAGCUACGUACUCCUCUCUCUUUCUCAAUCUCAUGCUAUAAUUCAUACUCGAAACUUUUCUCUUAAGGACUUCCAAAUUAAGGUUUGUCCUUUAAAACCCACAUUUCCAUUGCAGUCUAUAUCAAUAUUCUUGCUUUCUAAGAAGUACUAUUUGUUGUGUAUCCGUAGCACCCACUUGUUAGAUUCUAUAUUUAGUCGAUUAUUCAUUGCAUUUCACAAGCUGGGUUCGUUUAUGUGUUCUUGAACCAUUACUCUUCGUUCAUGAAAGAAGCUGCUGACAUGGCCAUUCCCCACUUGUUCAGAUGCCCAAUUAGUCUAGACUUGUUCAAAGAUCCAGUCACUUUAUGUACAGGCCAAACAUAUGACAGAUCAAGCAUAGAGAAAUGGCUGGCUGCUGGUAAUCUCACCUGUCCUGUCACAAUGCAGAAGCUCCAUGAUCCAUCCAUUGUUCCCAAUCACACUCUUCGCCAUUUGAUUGAUCAGUGGCUUCAUAUGGGUGACCAGUUUGAUCCCGAUUACUUGGCGACGAUUGAUUCUUUAGCUUCUCUCAAAUACAGCCUUGAAUCUCAUGAAGGCACCUUGGAAGACAAGCUCCAAACACUCAAAAAGAUUCGAGAAUUAUCCGAACAAUCACCUUCUGGGAAUUCUUGUUUGCUCCAAUUGGGUUUCUUGCCUUUAUUUCUAGAACUAGUUUUUGGAAGAGUAAAAGCCAAACUCUCCCAAGAUUGUAUAAAGUUUGUUGACCUUGCACUUUCUUGUGCUGUAAGAUUGUUGCAUCUGAGUGGAUUGGAGUCUCUGAAUAUGCUAAAAGAAGAGUCUAAGUUAGCAUCAUUCCUAGAUUUAUUAGAGCACGGCACUGACGUGGUCAAGAUAAGUUUGUGCCAUCUUUUAGAGUUAAUAUCAUCAUCAUCAUCUUUGGAGACAAAAGAGCUUCGUGAAAUGCUUGGAAGAACCCGCGAACUCUUGCAUGGAUUGGUUCUUCUCGUUAGCCAUGGUUCUGAGGCUUCUGAGGCUGGAAUCAAAGCCUUAACAGCAUUAUCUUCCUUGCAGUCUAAUCAACAGAACUUGGUUAGAGAAGGUGCCAUAGACGGACUCAUAACAUAUAUCUUGCGUGCUGAAAGACGUGAAAAUAACUUGGCACCAAUGGCCAUGGCAACACUAGAGAAGCUUGCAGGAAUAGAGAGUACAAAAGAAGCAUUGAUUAACAACCCAGAUGGGGUGAACGCUCUUGUUAGGAUGGUUUUCAGGGUUUCAGAUCACGAAGGCAGUGAGAGUGCAGUUAGCUUGCUUAUGAUCAUAUGUUAUGAUUCCUUGCGAGCACGGGAAGAAGCAAUUGGUGCUGGAGUUUUGACUCAGCUGCUGUUACUUUUGCAAAGCCAGUGCAGUUGUAGGACCAAAACAAAGGCGAGAAUGCUGCUCAAGCUGCUUAGAUCCAAGUGGGCUGAAGACUCACAUCGGGUCUAGAUUACAUGAUAAAAUUAUAUAUGGGUACUCGACGUUUGUCGCCUAUCAUGUGGGGUCUUAAUUAUAUUCUAUGUGGUCAUGUAUUGGAUUCUCUGAAACUUACAUAUGUGUAUAUAUAGAAGAAUCAAAUUCCUGUUAUAUCAUCAAUAAUUGAAAAUUCAAUAACUUUAAAAGCA